AACCUGAAUAUUUUUAUGUUGAAUAAUUGUUGUCUAACCACGAGACUGAAAUCUGCAUUCGACCUUGUCUUUAAAUUUUCAUAAGGCGGGUAACUGGAAUUUAUCUCAGAAUGGAGUCCACAGAUCUUAUGGACAGUGUUAAUUCCUGUGAGGAGAAAGUCAAUACUGAUGGUGAUGUAGAAAAGCCUGACGCUGAAGAUAAUCUUUCUGUCUCUGAGGCGGAGGUUAAGCUGAACGAGUCAGUAAAUGGACAUGGAGUUGAUACCAGUGAGAAAAGACAGCGUAAAAAAGUUCAGCGUUUAUCGGAAACAUGGAAUCGCGCCCAUGUAGAGAAAGAAGAAGAACGAGCAAAAGCAGUACAAGCAGUUACUGCAGCAUUUGAAGGGGCCACCGGAACAGCUCUUGGUGAAAUCCCACUUAUCGAUGCUACUAUUCGAAAAGUGAAACCAGCUGAUCUUAAAUUGUUGCAUUUGGUAAUAUACGGAAGACCUGGAAGUGUAAAUGAAAUACGCAGCAAUUUACGUAGAUUUCGAGGUUUUGGAUUCCAGCCAGGCUCUGAACAGUAUGAGAAAAAGUCGGCAUAUAUUCAUCAACGUCAGUUAUCUGAUUUACGGGAGUCAUUGCGUAUUCUAAAUUUAGAAGUCACUGGGACUCGAGAACAGCUAGCUUCUCGUUUAUUAGAAUUUUUGCAUAAACCUUCUGCUGCUUCCGUAAAGUUUAAAGGAAAAAUUGUCAAAAAGCAAGGUCGAAAAAGUACAUCCAAGGGAGAUGGUACUACUCCUAAAAAGCGAAAAUCAAAGUCACCAAAAAAGAACGCUACAACAAGUGAACCUAGUGUAGACAAUUCAAGUCAACAAGAUGUUGAUGAGCCUAGUAUAUCUUCUGAAUCGAGUGAAUCAGAAAGUGAUAUAUCUAGUGAAGCUGAAUCUGUUAAGAAGAAAAAGAAGACGACACAAAAGCGCACUAAAAAGGUGGUUCAACAACAAAAAACUCCAAAAUCGAAUGCUAAACGCACGAAAAAGAAUGCUUUGAAUGAUUCAGAAGAUGGUGAAAAUCAUGGUGAUGAUGGUGAUGAUGAUAAUGAUGAAUCUGUCCCCCCCUCCAAGGUACCAAAAGUUGAUUCAAAGAAGAAUAAACUGGAUUCUGACGAAGAAGAAGAUGCACCUCUAUCCAAGUUAACAUCUUCAAAAGCAGCUCCUCCAACUGAUGAUGAAUUGAAAAAGCAUAUAAUCAAUUUGCUUCAAACGGUAAAUUUGGAGGAGACUUCACUGAAAGUUGUUCGAGAAAAGGUUUUCGCAAAUUAUCCUAAUGUUGAUCUAUCUGAUCGGAAAGAAUUUAUCAAUUCCACUGUCAAGGAGUUCUUGGCACAAUCUUGAUUCACUCGUUCACUCACUCAUUACUGUAUACUGGAUUAUGAUCAUUAUUGUAGUGAUGAAAAUGUGUACCUACCUACCCACACGUAUGUGCGUGUGUGUGUUAUGUGCUAUCACGUCGUCAUCACCACCGUCAUCAUCAUCGUUAUCAUUGUCAUCAUCAUUAGCACUGCUGACCCAGUUCAUCGUUUACUAUUUUAUUACCGUUAUUAUUACUAUUAUUAUUGUUGUUUUAUAUCCCGGCAGCUAUGUUAUUGUAUUUCUUCUCACCGAUGAUAUAUGCAAGUUAAAAUUGUAUCCUAUUCUCACAUUACUCCCACUACUACAACUACUAGUACUACUGGUGGUGGGCACUGUGUCAUUGUCAUGUGUUCUUUAUUCAUCAUCCUAUGCCUAGAUCUUUUGUUUUGUUUUGUUUUGUUUUUUUUCCCGAAGAAAUAUUUGUUUUAAAUCCCGUCAAAGUGUUUUUUAUGUGUCUUUAAUGUUUAUCCCCCCCUCUCUCUUUCUCUCUGUCUCUCUCUCCCUCUUAUUUUAUAUCCUGGAAACCAUCUCAUAUAAUAUGGUAUAUGCAUAAGGAUAAAUUAUGAGUUUAUGAAUUAUUGUACAUUUAAAAAAAUAUUUUUUAUCAUUAUUAUUAUUAAUAAGACAAACAACAAACAAUGCAUUUCUUGAAUUCCUGUGCCCCAUCUUUAUACCUCUUGUUUUGUAGUAACCGACCAACACACACGCACACCCACAUAAACACUCGUAAACACAAUUUGUUUGCUUGUUCGUUUGGUUUUCUUCUGUAUUUUUGCUGUUUGAGGCAUUUUUCGUCAAGCUUUUUAUCCCUCCCUUUUUAUGUGUGUGUAUGUAUGUAUGUGCGUGCGUGCGUGCGUGCCUGCGUGUGUGUGUUUGUCUGUUUGUAAAUGUUUCCAUUAUGAUGUGUACACUCGCGCGGAUUUAUGGUUGCGCGCGUGUACAUUAUAAAUAUUGAUACAUAUUGAAGAUUUAUUUCUCUCGCAUAUAUGUAUACAUUGAAAUAUUUAACAAAUCUGUUUUUAACUUCUUGUUUCUUUUUGUAUUGUUCCUAAAAAUAAUAAGUUAAAUGAAGUUUAUUAUCACUAAUAUUGUAUUAACCUGUUCUAUUAUUAUCGAUCAUUGUGUUAUUAAUAAACUGAUAUAUAUAACGAAAAAAAAACAUUGUUGUCUUUUUACUUGUUCGCCUUCCUGCUGAGUCUUUAGAGUGUGUGUGUGUGUGUGUAUGUGUAUAUGUGAACGAUGACACUUGCAUAAACUCAUCUGUGUAUCUUGCCAACCGCUUGCUUG